GUGUAGAGAGGACUUCUGCUGCAGCUCAUCCAUUCACAGCCCUCCACAGUUUACUCUGAUCACACAUGUGAAUGAGCGGAGAGAGGAGGAGGAGGAGGAGAAGGAGGAGGAGAUGUGACACACAAACUCUCCAGCUGUCUGCGCCCUUCACACACCAGCUGACUCCUCUCCUCGGAGGACUCAGCCGGACCGGUGGCUGGCUGACUGCAGAUCAGCGUUGAUCGUGUCUGCAGCUAUGACGAACAGGAUGAGGCGGACCUGAUGACUGCUUAAGACUCCUAAUGACACCGACCAGAGAGUUUCAGGACUCCACUGUGGACACCACCUACAGCAUCCUGAGGUCUAUAAUCUCACCAUGAUGGGAGCCUUAACCUGCACCGUGGCUUCAGCAGCUUCGGGAAGAAGCUUCAUCGUAGUUCUGCAUCUGACUCUAUUGUUAGUAGCAGUGAGGGGCCAGAGGCAGUUGAAACGAUCCGCUCUGGACUGCACCAGGAAUUGUGUGUGUGCCAGUAACAUCAUCAGCUGCUCCGAUGGGAAUCUAAUCCAAGUCCCUGCGCCUCUUCCACAGCACACAGCCGUCCUGGACCUCAGCUUUAACUCCAUCACUCAGCUUCGUGCAGGUUGGACCACUGUUGACCUCAGCAGUCUGCAGAGCCUGAUCCUCAGUAACAAUGGCCUCACUUUCCUCUCCACCGAGGCAUUUAUUCAUGUGACAAAGCUUCGUUACCUGGACCUUUCCUUCAACGGCCUUCGUCAGCUGGAUGAGUUGACGUUUGAGCCGCUGGAGCACCUCGAGGUGCUGCUGCUUCUGAAAAACAACAUCUCCCAGAUUGAUCGCUCUGCCUUUUCCAGCCUCAGCUCUCUGCAGAAGCUCUACAUGAGCAACAAUCUGAUCUCUCGCUUCCCCGUGGAGGUGUUGAAGGAGCGCAGCAGACUGGAAACGUUUCAACUGCUUGACGUUUCCUCCAAUAGGAUCAAAACCCUGCCGCUGAAGGAGCUCCAGGCUCUGCGUGCCUGGACCAAUAAAGGCGUGUACUUCCACAGCAACCCCCUGACCUGCAGCUGUGCCUUGUAUGACCUGCUGGCACAGUGGCACAUCAAGGAGCUCAACUCUGUCGUCCACUUUAAUGGCAGCCACACAUGUGUGGUUCCAGGUGGUCCACAGAAACAAACAAUGCCCAUCCUGGACCUGGACAAGGCCUACCUGAACUGCACCGAGGUGAAGGCCCUUAAAGAGGAGGCCUAUCUGCACCAGUUCUUGCUGCUUGACUGUGACACCAGACUGAAGAGCAUGGUGAAAAGGUGGGUGUUGCCAGAAAACGCUUCACCGUCUUUAGCUAAUAAGACUGUGGUGGUCAGUGAGGACUAUCUCCGCAUCGGACCUCUGAAGGCGGAGGACUCGGGCGUGUACACCUGCUACGCCACAGGUGACUCCCUGAAUGAGACGCUGCACAUAACUGUGGUGGUGUUCAACUACACCAUGCGUGGAGGGCUGGAGAGUCUAAAAACAGCCUACACCACCCUUGUAGCAUGCUUGAUCAGCUUAGUUAUGGUCCUUGUCUACCUCUACGUCGCACCCUGCUGCUGCUCCUACUGCCCGGAUCAGGACAAGGAGAAAGAUGGCGACCCCAGAGGGAGCCUCCACUCCUCCACCGUCAGCCUCACUCAGGGAGAGGAGGAGACGGAGCAGCAGAGGGCGGAGGGCAUCCCUUACAUUCAUACAGCCCUGCUGGAGCAUAAGGGUCAGCUGGAGCAGAACGGGAGGCUGAAUCCAAUAGGCGAGGAGGACGAGGAGUGGCAGGACAACAGGAAGAGACGGAGGUCUGAUGCAGAGUCCAUCAGCUCUGUUUACUCCGAUACGCCCAUGGUGAUUUAAGAGCAGCAGCAAAAACCUUAUGCUGUGAACAAAUUGAAGUUAUUAAAGAAACCUAUGGCUCUCUUAGUGUUAGCACUACAGCAAGAGGAGAUAAAUAGCUUCAUAAAUAUCUAAAAUGGUGGCUCUAAUAGGGCUUUUAUCUUUUUUCGUCCGUUUCCGAUGAAGCUACUUAAAAAUGCUUUUAGCACCACAAAGAAGUGCUGAGUAUUGAGAGUCAAACCACAGAAAAACGCAUUUAAUUAGAUUCUUUGGUGUCAUUUAGUAAUGAUUGAAACUGGAGUUUGAUGGGAAGGAUCAGGAUGCUGAGGAGACUAACACAAACGUCACAGAUGCUGGACUGAAUCUGCACCCAUUUAUGCAAAACUCAAAUGGAAGAUGUUCCAAUGUUUAUGCAGAACCUUUAUAUCUUGUUUGCCACGAGAAAUAAUGCUGUGAUGUAACUCUUAUGCAACUUAAUCAAUGUCAUGUUUGUUACAGAGUGUGUGUGUUCUAAGUGUUAGUUUCAGUACCGAUGUCGGUGCUGUUGCCUUUUUGCAGGAGUUAUAAUUAACUGUUGGAGCUAUUUUAGCAUCAUUUUGCACAAUAAUUGCAGAACUGUUAAUUGACACUAGAGUGCUUUUAAUUAUUUUAUUUUAGAUCAUUUUUAUACCAAACGAGCUUUGUUUAUAGAACAUCCACACAACCAAAGUGCUCAAGCCCUGUAUUUAAAAUAAUGAAGAAAAAAAACCACUUAUAU